UGUGCAGGCUUUGAUUCUGAUAACUCUUCUGGGGACUUUUCAGAGGCGAAUCAGAGAGUCACUGGAGUCAUCCAUGUGGACACCAGCCAAAGUAAUGGAAUUGGAAAGGCUGGGGAGCGGCCCCCACAAGAGAAUGGGAUUCAGAAGCACCGGACAUGCUUGCCGGCCCCCAUGUUCACCAGGAGCGACUUCAGUGUGUGGAGUAUCCUGAAGAGAUGCAUCGGCUUGGAGCUGUCCAAGAUCACCAUGCCCAUCGCGUUCAACGAGCCCCUCAGCUUCCUGCAGCGGAUCACGGAGUACAUGGAGCACGUGCACCUCCUCCACAGGGCCUCGCACCAGCCCCAGCCCCUGGACAGGAUGCAGUGUGUCGCCGCCUUCGCCGUGUCAGCGGUGGCUUCCCAGUGGGAGAGGACCGGCAAGCCGUUCAACCCGCUGCUGGGAGAGACGUAUGAGCUCAUCAGGGAAGACUUGGGGUUCCGAUUCAUAUCCGAGCAGGUCAGCCACCACCCCCCCGUCAGUGCAUUCUAUUCCGAAGGCCUCCACCGUGACUUCCUGUUCCAUGGCUCCAUCUACCCGAAGCUCAAGUUCUGGGGGAAGAGUGUGGAGGCGGAGCCCCGAGGCACCAUCACACUGGAGCUCCUCCGACACAACGAGGCCUACACCUGGACCAACCCCACCUGCUGCGUGCACAACGUGAUUAUCGGGAAGCUGUGGAUAGAGCAGUACGGGACCGUGGAGAUCCUGAACCACAGAACUGGAGACAAGUGUGUGCUUCACUUUAAACCAUGUGGGUUGUUUGGAAAAGAGCUUCACAAAGUGGAAGGACACAUUCAAGACAAAAACAAAAGGAAGCUCUUCAUCAUCUAUGGCAAAUGGACAGAGGGCCUGUGGGGCAUAGACCCGGCGGCAUAUGAGUCCUUCAGGAAGCAGGAGAGGAGAGGCGACCCCCUGAGAAAGGCGAAGCUGGAUGAUAGCACUGAGAAAGCCGACAGUGACGUCGUGGAUGCUGUGCCCGAGGUCCAGGAGACCGUGCAGGUCAUUCCAGGCAGCAAGCUACUCUGGAGGGUCAACACCCGGCCCCCCAACUCUGCCCAGAUGUACAACUUCACCAGCUUCACUGUGAGUCUCAAUGAGCUGCAGACUGGCAUGGAGAAGAUCCUGGCACCCACAGACUGCCGCCUGCGCCCCGACAUCCGAGGCAUGGAGAAUGGCAACAUGGACCUGGCGAGCCAGGAGAAGGAGCGGCUGGAGGAGAAACAGAGGGAAGCCCGGAGGGGGCGCGCCAAGGAGGAGGCGGAGUGGCAGACCAGGUGGUUUCGCCAGGGCAGGAACCCCCACACUGGGACCCCCGACUGGCUGUAUGCAGGUGGCUACUUCGAACGGGAUUUCUCAGGCUGCCCAGACAUCUACUGAGGCCUGACUGGCCCUGGGACCCGGACACCUUCGAGGCUGGACUCCAUCGAGUGGCUCCUCUGAGCUUCGGCCACAGCAGGACCAGCCUUUCUAAGGACCGUGUCCACAGAGACAGCGCCGUCCCUGGCGGAGGACUUGGUCCUAAUUAACUUGUGAUUGCCAAACCUUUACUACUGUCGCGGUCUCUUCAUAAAACUCCCCUUGGGAUCAUCAUGUUUCCAUUAAGGCUUGAGAAGGAAAUUCUUUAAUUCCCUCUUAUGUGACAGCAGUUAGCUGGGGCUUGCUUAGCUGACAGCACCCUCUUAAUUAUGAAAUUUAUAACUAAA